AUGGUGGUUGAAAUUAAAUUUAAAAAUAAAAAAUUAAAAAUAAAAAUUAAAAAAAAAAAAAAAAAAAUUAAAAAAAAACAAACCCCUACCACACAAUCAAAAUCAGAUAAAAAAAAGCUGUGCAGGAUUUUUUUUCCAUUACCAAAAAUUAAUAAAAAAAAAAAAAUCUAA